AUGGUCAUGCAGCAUGUGCUCAACGUCGAGACACUCAGCGCAGAGCAACGGUCAGCUACAGCGCGUGUCGAGAACGAAGAUCGAUCGGUGGAGCCAGCAUUGACAGCAACAACGAGCCAAGCGUCUUCGACCGCUGACGAAGUCCCAUUACCCACGAUACGCAGGGGAUAG